GUGACUUCGCCUCUCUACUGGUCGUGCAGUAAGGGCGGAUUUACAUUUAAUUACUCACUGGCGAGGAAGAAGAAAGUCAGUCUGUCUCCGAGAACUGUAACUUAUACUUAGUCUCUAAUGUCCUAUGUAUAAGCUUCUGUUUGUUUUAGCUUUCAGUGUUUUUUUAACCAGGCUGGGUGGACUUUACUAGAAGGAAAUCUGGUCUUCGAUCUCCACGUUUAUUUUUUUUAGUAACUUGUGGUCAGUUGGGUGCUACAUUACACAGGACGUCAACAGGUGGGAACGUUUUGGACUGAACUCAGUUUUAAGGUUUUUUCCUGGAAUUUCGCUGGAGCCCCAGUUAGAGAAUUUCAGCCGAAAAGGCUAACUUACGUCGUGCAUCGUUCCUGUUGUUUCCGCUCACAGACCACGCUUUGAAGCCAGUUUUAAAACCUUCAUUGUUUAAUGAUAACGACUUUAGUCCAUAUUGAUAUUGUACUGUAGUUGUAGACUCCUCCUAGUCUAGGCUAGUGAGUAGCAUUUACCGAGUCUGGUGGAUUUUGUGUGAGUAGUAGCAGAUUUGGUUUCCUCCUCCAACAGAAUGAACACGUCUGUUCAAUGAACAGUAACGGAAUUAUCCUCUGAAAUUCACCACGGGCACACACCAACACCUCUCUGGUAGCGAAGACGCGGAGGAAGUUCUUCAGGAUUGAGGUUUUGCUCCGAAAACUCAAAAUGACCGACAAAAAAUACUCAACUUUAGAUGAAACGUCUCUUCGGAAUUUGCUCGAUGGCACUGUGGAUAUGGCAGAGCGUCGUCUCAUACGGACAGCAAUUCGGGAGCUGCGACGACGUGAGAUUGAAGAUAUAGAAGCUGCACUGACCAAUAAGCGCUUCAGACGUGCUCAAGAACACAGACAUGAGGAUAAGGAAAAUCAGCUUCGGCCUGAAUUGGCAGCAUCCUUGGAUCUGCUUUCUAGAAAGCUUCAGGACAUUCAGGAUAUUGAAGAGCUUUCUGCAAUGCUACGAAGUACAACAGAGUAUGAAGAGAGGAAACUAAUUCGUGCAGCCAUUCGCCAACUGAGAGAUGAAGAGAUUCAAGGCGCUCUGGAGAAGAUUCAGUUAACUGGACGGCCAGUGGAACAACAUCAUAAUCCUCAAAGAAGCUUGGACUUAGAGGACACACAGAAAGAAAACGUGGACAAGACAGAACGAAUUGAAACACCUCACAACCAACCUCAGAGCAAAGAAGCACUUAGAACAGGUUCUAAUUCUGACAUGGUGUUGGUAUUAGACCCGCUAGUCAGGGAGGUGGUGUCUUGCCCUUUGACCCUCCAUUCUCACCGUGACUCUGGCUCGCCUUCCUCUGAUGUCAUUUCUUCCUACCGGGAACGUUCCGAUUCAGCAGAGCCCAAUAGAAGCAGGGAUUCCUUGCAACGCAAACGGCUGGAUUCGGGUGCUUCGGAGCAUAGUCAUGCCUGCACAUGGCCCACUUCCGAGUCAGAUGCAUCUGAGCUUGGUGCACCCUUGGAAUGGGCCAUGGGAGGAGAGCGAGGAGCGGGUGGAUCCUCAUUGAGCACAGAUUCAGAAGCUGAGACUAAAAAUCAUGGGCCAAGUAAGGUUGAUGAUCUGUGCUCUACCAUAACCACUAGCAUGGAGACACCUGAUGGAGUGGUAAGCUCUAAGAAGACAGCAAAGACCAGCUGCACGCUGAAGGAAUCCAGUGGAAAGCCUACAGACAGCAUCUUGAAACAGAAGGUCACAUCAGGCACAGACACACCGUUUUCUCUUAACAAAGAUAAAGUACUUACAAGCAAAACUGCAACUUCUCAGAUGUUCAACCGAGCAAGCUCAGUGCGUGACAGAGUGCGAAAAUUUGCAGAACCUGCAGCGAUCUCUAGCCAGACUAAGGAUGUACAGAGAACCAUCCAUAGAGGGCCCUCCUCUACGAAUGCGUUUCUCACAGUGCCAGUGACUCCAGCCCACUCUGAGAGUCGAGAUGCAACUCCAUCCCUUUCUUCCUGUUGUCUGCACGCCUCUCCAGGCAGAGGGGAAUACGUCAGCAAAGGCCUGCCUGCCCAAUCGGAGGCUCUGUCUAAUGUCCAAUCACUGGGAGCAGUGGGCGGGCCGCAGAACUCCACUGAAGAUGUCAGGAGUCCUUCCUACAGCUCAGAAGAGGGGCAGGCUCCCGAGGGAAAACCAUCUUCAAGGACAUCAGACCACCAGGGAGAUCCCGAGUCCAACAUGAAAACCUUCCUCACCAUUGAGAUCAAGGAUGGCCGAACCAUCACUCCACAAGUGUCGGCAUCAUCUUCGUCCAUGGGGGCCAGCAUGAUGCCCCGAAUCAUCACUGGUACCUCUGGACAGAGGGCAGAACUGACGCUUGGUCUCAGAGCCACGCCAUUCAAGAUCAGCAGCUCCAGUCUCCUGACAGGACCCUCCAUUAAGAUGGAGACGGAGCCUGGAUUUACGAUUGAACCUUCUGUGCAGACGGCCAGCGAAGCCCCAGUUGUGCCUAAUGGCUCAUCAGUGGCCCAAGUGAAGAACGAGGUGCUCAGUAGCACCAGCAGCAUCAAGCUCACCUCCGAGCAGCUCGAGGCCAUAGAGGACGAGGAGAUCCUGGACAAAAUGCUUGAUGACUCCAAAGAUUUUGAAGAGCGGAAAAUGAUCAGGGCAGCUAUGAGAGAACUCCGAAAGAAAAAGAGAGAAGCCAGGUUGGGAUGUUCUCAGGAUGAGCUAGACCAAAGGGAGAAGGAGCGAGAGGUGCGUCUGCAGGAGCUGAGGCAGCAGAGAGAGGAGAGAGGCCAGAAGACUCGUCCAGGCCCAGGCACCGGGGAGGUGGUGAUGAAGAAAAUUGAGAAGUCUGCAGAUGGUUCUACUAUCAGUGAGAUCACAAAAACCAACCGCUUCGCCCAGUCAGAUGAUGGCAGCAGGAUGUCCCGUAGCACUAUAAUGGAAGCUACUUAUACACAGAAGUCUGACAGGGGGACCAUGCAAGCUAAAUCCUACAGCUACUCCUCUUCUUCUUCCACUUCGACGAAGAAGGUUGGAAGUGUGUUUGAUCGUGAGGAUGACACCUCACGCAGUGGAGGCAGCUUGGCGGCACUGGAGCGCAGGCAGGCUGAGCGCAAGAAGGAGCUCAUGAGGGCUCAGACCCUGCCCAAAACAUCCACCUCCCAGGCCCGUAAAGCCAUGAUCGAGAAGCUCGAGAAGGAUGGUGGAGGCUCACCAGCUGCACAAGUAAACAAGGUCCAGCGCUCCACCAGCUUUGGUGUUCCCAAUGCUAACUCCAUCAAACAGAUGCUGUUGGAUUGGUGCAGAGCUAAGACUCGCGGCUAUGAUAAUGUGGACAUUCAGAACUUCUCCUCCAGUUGGAGUGAUGGAUUGGCUUUCUGUGCUUUAGUGCACAACUUCUUCCCUGAGGCCUUCGACUACUCUGCACUCAGUCCUAGCAAUCGCAGACAGAACUUUGAGGUGGCCUUUAAAACAGCAGAGAAGCUUGUGGACUGUCCCCAGCUUUUGGAUGUGGACGAUAUGGUGCGGAUGCGGGAGCCUGACUGGAAGUGCGUGUAUACGUACCUCCAGGAGUUCUACAGAGGCCUGGUGCAGAAGGGCUUGGUCAAAACCAAAAACUCCCCCUAAGGUCCAAACUGACUCUGAACGGGCCUUUGCUAACUGUAUGCCCCUGUUGGAAGUGGAGGACAUGAUGAUAAUGGGCAAGAAGCCUGACUCCAAGUGUGUCUUCACCUAUGUGCAGUCGCUGGUCAAUCACCUGCGUAGAUAUGAGAUGGCCUGUCGAGCCCACUCAGACCACUGACCGCUUACUGACUCUGGCACUCCCCUCAAGCACGUCCGGACGUCCAAAGGCCAGUCCGGAGAAUAGAACUGUUCCCCAAAAUGCUCUUAUUGUGUUUCUUCCAGGUCUUGUAGCCUAGUUUUAACUGUAACCAAAAGCCAAUGCAUGCAACGUUGUGAGGUCAGGGGGGCCUCAUGUAAGCCAUAUUGCUGCAGUCUAGGAUCUACGCUUAGGCACUAAUGCUAAUAUCAUAUAAAUUACCAUUAAAAGUUCCUUUAUUGAAACUUAUAUAUUUCAUCAUAAAGACUUUGAGGCAAAAAAAAAAAAGUUUAAUGUUAAAUCCCAGAAAAGACAAUUGUGUUGUACCACUUACCAGCCUUCUAAUGCCUAAUGUUUUAUUUCUCAUGCCAGUGGCAUGCAGUCAAUUGAUGUGGAUUGCCUAUGUAUCUGUUUAAAAUGGCUUGUAACCUUGUUCUAUGGUACUUUUUUGCUUUUAUAGGAAUUCAGAUCUGCAUGCUUCACAUGUUUACUUGAAUUUUCUUUUUAAUUAUUUUCAAGAUCAUUUAUCAUCUAUAAGGAACAAGUGACUAAGUUUGGAAUGAGCACUGGUAUGCAGAUGUAAUCCACACUGCUUCAUGUUAUGACAGUACGGCCCCCUUUGUUCAAACAGCAGCUGAAUCUUUUAACCGCAUAAACGUUUCUUACAGUCAUUCAACAUAUUUGUUCAAAGUAUUUGUUAACCGGUACUCAAUUGUUAAAUAUUUUCUUUCAGUUGGGUUUAAACAGUCCAGUUUAACAAAAUGUAAAGGAGAGGUAAACAAGGAAUUAGACAACCAUCCAAACACAGUCACAUAAAUAGACAGUACAACCUACAUUUUCCCUUAAUUUAUGUUUUAGGUUAUGAAUAUUUUUAAAUGUUUUUACUUUUUUCAUGAACUAUGCUUUGAAGCAAAUAUAAAUUCACAUAAAUGACAUAUGGCUCCUCAGUCGGAUAAGUUAUCACCCUGUUUAUAGGGUUUUUGCUUUUGCAUAUUUUUAAAGUAAGGCUUUUGAGCCGGCUGAGUUUAAUUUCAGCCAUAAGUACGUUGGGUCCAGUAUUGUUUAACAGUUGACAACUUGAGCUGAAAUGGUGUAUGCUUUAUUACUAAAUUUUAUCAUAAAAGUUUAAAGAUUAUAUAUAUAUAUAUAUAUAUAUAUAUAUAUAUAUAUAUGGCUCUUGUGCUAGUUUGUAACUAAUUUUGGUUUAAUUUGGAAAUGAUCUUAUUUAAAAAAGAAAAAAGAAAGAAGGAAAUGGACGUUCAGGGCAGAGCUCAAAGCUAUAGUAGCUUUUAAUUUAUAUGGUAAGUCAUAGUUUGUAUAAUAUGGCAGUGAACAUUUUUGAUGGCACCCACUGAAGAAAUUAACUACCAAAACUAACUUUAUUUAAUACAGGUUCAACACUUUAUUUUUUGGUCCAUUUUUAAUCUGUUGCCAUUUUUGGCUUUUAUUGAUCUUUCUUAAAUGGGUGGUGGUGAUCACAACUGAAAGUGUCAAGGAGUGUUUUGCUGAAUGCUUGUGUUAAAAAUCAUGGCACUGUUGGACAGAAAGUCCAGUCUGGUGUGAACAAAAUAUUUGAUGUUUUACUGCAUUUCCUUAAACACAGCCCUCCAUUGUUUUGCAACAUUAGCAUUUGUGAGUGAACUCGUACUUGUGUAUAUUGUUUUUUUUUCCAUUUAAAAUCCUAAUAAUCUUUUUUUCAAGAGUGUCAUUUUGACUGGACUGAGCUUUUAAGUAUUUAAUUUAUUGUUUUCCAGAUUUUCUGUUUAGCCUUAGCCAAUAGCCAAAAUAGGUGUCGUGUAUUAGCAUUAGCUCACUAAAAUGCUAAUUCGCCCACUGUGCUGCUCAGCAAUGUUACUGUCAGGGGAGGAACACCCUACCAGCUAUUUUUCUUUCCAAAUGAGCAAGAAACACCACAUGGCACAGCUAAGAUCCAAAUCUGUAAUUUGAGCAGCACCUUUGUACUCGAGAUGGUGUUAUUUGCAUUAGAGUUGUAACGUGGCUUACAUAGAAAUGCAUAUUUGUGGGUGUGGUGGAUCCUUCAAAGCCAUAGCACUGCUACACAUUCACUGCUGUAUGUAAAAGCAUCCUUGCCAAAAUAAUGGAGUCAAUCGAAGCUCCUUCAAGGGAAUAGGGGAAAGGCAGAGACAUUAGGUUGAAUCAGAUAUGGUCCGUAUUGCAAUCAGUGCGAAACUCGCUGUCACUAUGUAAGAGAAAAAACUGCCUGCCUGUCCAAGGCCCAUUUUGAUUUUACAUGUCUCCACAGAAGAAUAUUGUUCAUUCAGCAUUUCUGUACACUGCAAGUUAAUAUGAAGUGACUAUUAAACCCUUUAAGAAACCAA